UUGACAUAUUUUGACAGGUGAAACUCAUGUUGUGGACGUGUUUGUGAUGUACAGAGGUGAUGUUGAUAAUAUGGACGAUUCUGAUGUUAACAGCGCAAAUGAACUCGUUCUUUCUACGUUUUCAGCAAAUGUUCCUGCAACAGAUGUCAGUAACGGUGGCUCCAAUCGAAUAUCAGCUAUAUUCCUGAUAGUGAAUGCUGCUCUGGGAGCUGGUCUUUUGAAUUUCCCUCAAGCUUUUGACCAGGCUGGUGGAAUAGCAACUGCUGUGGUUGUGCAGGUGGUACUGUUAGUAUGGAUACUGGGAGCACUGGUGACGCUGGCACACUGUUCAGACGAGACAGGGGCGCGCACACUGCAGGACAUACUGGAGGGUCUGUGUGGAACUCCAGGUCUUAUUGCGUGUUGCCUCUGUGUCGCUUUGUACUGCUUUGGCACCUGCCUCACCUUCCUCGUCAUCAUAGGUGAUCAGUUUGACAGAGUAUUUUCGUCACUUCACGGAUCUGACUUCUGCCAUUACUGGUAUAUGAAUCGCAUCUUUACAAUAGUGGCAAGCUCCACAGUGUGUAUUCUUCCAUUUUGUUAUUCCAGGAGGAUUGAUUUUCUCAAAUAUGUCAGCUAUUUGGGUGUGGGAGCUGUCUUUUAUGUUGUGGUGCUCAUAGUGUACCAAAAAUUCGCAGGAGAAUUUACUCCUGGUCCAAUUAAAACUAGUCCAACAGAAUGGACUGAUGUGUUUCUGGUGGUCCCGGUUAUUUGUUUUGGAUACCAGUGUCAUGUCAGUGUGAUACCAAUUUAUUCCUGCCUCCAUGAACGCACCAUAUUUAAUUUUUCAAUAUGUUGUGGAGCAGCUGUCUUUAUUUGUAUGCUGUCAUACACUCUUGCUGGAACAUUUGGAUACCUGACAUUUGGUGCCGAUGUCACAAGUGAUAUUCUGGAGUCUUAUUCGGGAUACCAUCCAUCUGUCCUGAUUGGUAUUACAGCUAUUGCUAUAAAGACAUACACAACCUAUCCAAUACUACUAUUCUGUGGAAGGGAGGCAGUAAACAAAAUAUGGUGUACGUUUUUCUACAACAGUCAGGCCGAUAUUGCAGUUAAAGAACCAAUGAGACGAGUUGUAAUAGCAACAACAUGGUUCAUAUUAACAUUGCUCUUAGCAGUGCUCAUCCCCGAUAUGGGAAUUGUGAUAGAUUGUCUGGGAAGUCUCGCAGCUAUUUUCAUAUUUGUUUUCCCAGGUAUAUGCUGGAUGCAGUCAACAUUACAUAAAGAUCCACUUAUUCUUUUAAAUAAAGACAGGUUUUAUAUAUUUUUGUCUGUAUUGUAUAUACUGACUGGGACAUUUGUAUUUGGAGUAGUUUUAGUGCAGGCAAUUGAAAGAUUCUCAGAAAAAGACGAAUCACCUAUCAGACUGUGUGUGUAGCCAGUGCAUGUGUGCGCCCUCAAGCACUGGUGUAGGAAACAUCUGUUAUUUAUUUAUACAUUCCUAUUUAUGUGGUUCAGACAAGAUUGUGCUUAUUAAAAGUUUCAUUAAUGAUCUCUGAAAACUUUUGACUGCUUGACCAUAAAAUGUGAUUCAUAUUACUUCCAGAUUUUGUUGUUAUUUUAAAAUACUAAGUUAAUUAAUUUGAUAAAUUUACAGAAUGUGCACAUAUUGCGUCAGUAAAUUUAGACUGAUCGUGAUGUUCAGGGAAACUCUAGACUGGAGUAGCCACCUAGGGAAUGACAUUGCAUGCAUUUGAUGACAUCAAAAGUGCAUGGAGGAUAAAUGACGAAUCAUGAUUUCAGUCCUGCUUUGUGAAUGAUAGUACUUUCCAUGCUAUUUUAAAUGAUAUUUUGAGUCUGCUAUGUAGAUUUCCACUUUUUAAAUUUCACCCUGUUAUCUUUUUUACAUAGAAAGCUUUAUAAGGACAAUUUUAUUUAUUACUUAAAAUGUAAAUAUUAUAUUUAAAUUAAUGAGACUGGUAGUAAUAUUCAGAGAGAGAGAGUUUUGCUGUACGGCUGACAGAACUGUUUCAGUAGUCUUCAAAGAUGAUAUAUGAAAGGGUUGGGGAGAUACCACAAGGUAUAAGAGAAGAUUGAGGAGGAAAGCUUAAAAUGGUGUGGCCACAGGCAUUUGAAGGGAAUGGAGGUAGCAAAGAUGCCUGAGAAGAUGGGUGCGAGAAAGAAAGGGCAGGAGACCAGUAGAGAGGCCAAAGGACAAAUGGCUAAAAGGAAUGGCAGAAAUCAUCAUGAAGAGAGAAGAGUGGGCUGGACUAGUGACAGAGAGGUGACGGGAAGACCGGAGGUGGGGGCAAGGAUUGGUCCAGGCAGGCUGUGACCGUGGCAGAUAACUGUGCACGAUGACGAUGACGAUGAUGACGACGAUGAUGAUGAUAACUACUCUUUAAUUAAUAACUUUACAGAUUAGUUUCUAAACCAGUUUGUUAUAAAUGAGAACAAGGGGGUUAGUUCACACUACUCUCUUUCUGUCACAUGAAAUUUAAAGUAAACUGUGUGCUUGUGGGGGACACUGUGUUAAUGUGAACACUAAUUUUUAUUUUUAUCAAGUACACAAUCUGAGGGAGCAUUUUUUCUGGGUUUUAAGACUGACAUAUACACCUUUGACGGCAUGGUGUUUUACUAGCCAGGGAUUUUUUUUGGAUAGAUGGUGACCCACUACAGUCAUUAGUUUCUGUUAAUAGAAUGAUGCUGUUGGUGUGGAGAAUAGUGUCAGGUGCAUUGUUAACCUUUCCUGUAUGUAUGUUUUGUGUCUGUGCCAUGGCAGUAGUUUCCCAGAGUGAUGCCAACUUUUUUUCCUUGCUUUCUUUUUUCUUUUCUUCCUAUUAAAGUUAAAAGGGAUGAUUCUGGAUUUUAGUAACCUCUUUUUGACUAGAAACUUGUCUCACUACAUUAGGAUGAUGUGAACAAGACUGGGAUAAUUGUGCUAUCACACUAUGGUCUUCUUGGUGGAGGACAUGAUGGUGACCAUGGAGGUUACCAUUUAAAAUUUUUAUCCCUACUUACCACAGACUUUGUGUGGAUUACAGCAUGGUGCAAGCCCAUCUUGUUGAUGUCAUAUUGAUGCCUCAUGUUUUAGAUGUAUGAAGUAUAACUGUUACUGUAGGCAGCCAUGAGAUUAUUUGCAGAGAUUAACAUUAUGUUUUGUGUUUUUGAUGCUGAUGAUAGAUGUGGAAGAGUGUGAAACCAGUUACCUGCUCAUAAUGCACUAUUCUUGAAGAGUGCUUGUAAGGCUGCAGAGCUGGAAAGUCCCUAUUGCUUGGACAGACAACCAUCAAUGCCAUUCCUCUCAGAUACUGCAGUGAAGGUUAGAAUAAAGAACAUGACGUGGGAGCAAAAUGUGAUGUGGAAAUUCAUUUCGCAUUACUUCUCAUCGAUCGCUAGCCUGAUAUUGGUGAUGGAAAUUUAUUCAACAAAGAUAAUUUGGUUCUGCUUUCAUAGUAGAGUGCCAGUGUAAAAUUUUGACUUUAUCUUCAGUGAUAUCUGGUCUACAGCUAAGCAGAGGAAGUAUGACCAAGACAGCUGGCAAAUUUAAACUGCCAUUCCUGGUUUCAUUGAUUUUGUAUUUUAUUUUCAUUCGUCCUCUUAUCUACACAGGCAGCUUGGCCGUGUGAUACUGGAAAAGUCUGUUUAUGUAUUAGGUGGAUGCACAUAGACUUAUGAUGAGAUAGUCUACAAAACCCAUCACUCAUACAUAUGUACAUUUCUGUGUGUUCAUACUUGCGUUAAAAUACCAAAUUGAGAAAAUUGUCUCUCUCUCUCUCUCUCUCUCUCUCUCUCUCUCUCUCUCUCUGCAUUAAGGAAUCAUAUGGCUGCAGCUCUGUUGGUCGUAGGGUUGAAUGGUCAAAAAACAAGAUUAGCUGAAUUUGUGUUUUUCAUUUCAUAACUUUUAUGUAUAAAUUCUAUAAGUUUGGCAUAGAUAAUUUCCUCUACCUGUCUGGGAAAGGAAUGGGAAAUUAUUAUGGGGCUGCAGUUAUUCAUGUUGUCGGUCAUGUUUUAUGAAAAUUUGAAGCAACCUGGAAGUUUUCACUGCACCAAGAAAAAAGUCAUCGAGUGAACAGUUACAUAAGUUCUGUCAGUAGUUCUAUCAGUUUUAAUCAGUCUUCUGUAAUAUUACUGUAGUAAUAUCACCAAUACUUACAGAUUUUUGAAAUUUCUCUAUUGCUUGUACUUCGUCAUUAUUUGAGACAUUGAUCUACGAAAGGUGCUUAUUUUGUAUUUAUCAUGUUGAGUGUUCUUCUUUGUGUUUCAUUUCAUCAUCUUGUAGCAUUUUUGUGGUAUCCUUUAAUGUCGUGAUUCUCUUGGACAGAAUUUUACUGUCAUGACAAUGUAUACUGUGACUAUUCGUGCUUUAUUUGGCAUUAAAAUGCUAAAUAACAAAGAAACCUCUGCAUAAAAAGUUCUCCUCUGCUGAGGUUAGGCUCAUGAUGGGAAAAGUUCUGAAAACACUGACUGUGCAGUGGUGGAUCUGUCGCAAUGGCUGCCCCAUGCAACUUCGCUACAGAUCAUUCCAUGCAACUUCGCUACAGAUCAUUCAUCGUACCUUUGAUGGAAUGCACAGUGUUUUCACUAUCACCCUACCAACACUGUUAAAUAUUAAAAAGAUGCACUGUAAUGUACCAUUUGCAGUUCAGUACAGCUUGUACUCAUCAGAACAGAAACAACAAUUGAACCCAAUUAAAAUUAAUAAAAGUAAAAGAAAACAUUUUCUGUUGUGUGACAAGCAUUACUAUUACUCACUUGUGUGGCAGCUGUAAGUUCACGUUUGGCACGAGUGUAUUCUAUGAUCAGAAAAUGCAGUCAAAAGCAACAAAAUAUUUUGGGUCUUGCCCACUUCGCUGGUUACGGCUCAGUGAUGACAUCAAAAGUUUCUUUCUUUGUGAUCUCUUCCCAGUGCUGUGCUCAGUGAGUUGAUCCCAGGAGAUACCCUACCAGCUAACUGCUCAUCAGCUAAUUACUUUUGAAUGAUAAUUAGGAAGAAAGUAGGAUAAUUUAUAUUGGCUUUUGCAGUUUCACAUUUUGAUGUGCAGAGUUAACUGUAGUUAUGAAAAAUCUGUCAACAACAAUGUAGCAGCGAAUCGUAGUUACACAGCUACAUCUGUUCAGUCACCCUCCUUCCAAAUAAUGUUCUUUAAUAAUCUGGGGCAUUUUUCAUUGUGGUCAUGAGGUCCUUCUCCUGUGCUGGUAGGAAAAACAACAGCCAUCACUCCCCCCCCCCCCCCCCCCCCCCAAGGCUGUCACCUGACUGAUAAUAAUUCCCUCAGGUGACAAGUGUUAAACAGUUGUAAUUUUAGCUGGAGCCUUGCUAGUGAUGGUAGCUCCAUCUGCUAAUGCAGCAUUGCUGGUGCCCUGUGGUAUUGACACACUAACACCAGCUCUGUGCCUCACUGGAAACUCACUAGUGACAAACAGUGAAUUGUUCUGUAACAUUAGUUCCAUAACACUGCACUACUGAGAAGCAGCCUAGUCACUUGUUUCUGCACACUGCUCUUCUUCUGCCAGAAAUGAAUUCCUUUUGUGGUCCAUGUUGAUACAAAAUUUUAAUGCUUUACAGAAAUAUGUUAUUACAGUCACAUUUAAUUUUCUUAAGCUGUUGUAGGGGUCUCGAAAAACAAUUAUAACAUUUUAAUUUUGCUUUCCAAUACUUUUGCUAAUGACAUGUCUUCUUAGGUCAAGUGAGGAUCUUGCAUCUUUUGCUGUAUGUUGUAGGCAAAAGUUUGAAAACAUCAGUCUUGGUACAUACCAAGAUUUGAACAAAUUUGUAUCGAUCUAAGGCAGAAAUGUUAGCCUCAUCUGAAGCAUCUACAAAAAGUUGUUAGAUGUGUUUACUAUUUCUGAGGGGGCAGGGGUGGAGAGGGGUGAUUGUCACAUUGUUUUCUUGUGUUAGUGUUAUAUUUUUACGUUCUGUUUUUGCCCUUUCUUCUUCUUGUUCUUCUUCUGUUUUAUUUUAAUAAUGUUGAACAUGGCUUUUGUUGGGCUGUAUAAGUAUUCAUCAUUAUGCAUUCUUUUUGCAUAUCUUAUUACGUUUUUAAUAUUUUGGAAUAUUUUUCACAGGAAAUGGAGAAUUUGGAUGUGGAUAUUCUUUUGUUGCUCACAUUUUGUGCAUCUCCUGGCACAAAACUCUUACUCCACCUGUGAUCCAGCUGUUAAUUAUAGAACUGAUAAUUAUUGUUGUUCAGUCCAAAGGCUUGUUUUGAUGCAGCUGUCCAUUAUACUGUGUCCUGUUCAAUCAUCAUCAUCACCAUCACCACCACCACCACCACCACCAUCACCAUCUCCAAGUAACUACUGCAACCUUCAUCCUUCUGAAUCUGCUUGCUGUAUUCAUCUCUUGGUCACCCUCUACAAUUUUUACCCCUCACACUUCCCUCGAAGGCUAAAUUGGUGAUACAUUGAUGUCUCAGAAUGUGUCUGUCAACCAAUCCCUUCUUGUCAGGUUGUGUCACAAAUUUCUUUUCUCUCCAGUUGUAUUCAGUAACUCCUCAGUACUUAGGUGAUCAACACAUUUAAUCUUCAGCAUUCUUCUGUGGCACCACAAUUCAGUUGCAUUUCCAUACAAAUACUUCAGUGGAAAAGCAGUUUGGAGCUGGUGGUCACCUGGAGGUACUCUGCUGUAUUGUUUCCAGGAUUUAUACUCAUAAUAUGAAGCCAGUUUGUGAACCCUAACAAGGAUGAAAUAAAUGAAAUCUUUGCUGAUUAAUAGGUCUAGUUUAACAUAGAAAAAUAUUGUGCACAGGCUGCAAAGUAAGACAUUGCCUGCAGCUUUUGCAACGUAUGUUUUUGGCUCUAUGUGAGGUGAUGUAGCUGUUAAGACACUGUAGUAUUCCUGUGGGAAUAAUGUGGCAUGUGGCCCUGCUGUAUGUUUUUUUUUAGAUCACUUUAGGUGACUUCCGAAGGAGUCCUUCAGCUGGCUGAGGCUGUUUCUUUCUACCAGCAUCCUGCAAUUGUUUUAUUAUUAUGUAUCAUUUGUUAAUUUUUCCAUGUGUUAUAUAAUUUUUUGAUUGUGUUACUUCAACUUAACUGUUUUGAUAAAUUCCUUUUGUUUUGAGAAUUUUUUCCAUCCUUUUUGUGGCUACCUAUUGCCAGCUAGCUUCAUAAUAUUUUCCUGAAAGCCAUCUUAUCACCAUGUAUCAUUGCAGCUCUGUGACAUAUCGGUUACCUUUUUUCUGACAGUAUUUUAUAAUCAUCAUAGCAUUUCAAUAUUUGUUGUUCUCCAUCCAUUGCUCUUUGUUCCUGGUCAUCCUGUAAAAUGGGUGGUUUCAACUGAGGUGUAAAAUGACUUGUGCUCUAAUUUUUCUGUAGUUUUUCCUUUGUAGCUUUUUAUUGUUGUUACCAAAAGAAUGUCAUUGAAUUUUCUUAGUUGUCAUUUUAGCAAUGAAUACCAAUAUUUUGUUAUCUUUAGUCUAAUUAAGUACUUUAUUCUGUACUGCAGUAUGUUUUAUCUGAUGGCCCACUAGAUUGUCAAAUUAGUAAAUGAAAUGUCUGUAUAUGAUUUAGUUUACGAUAGUAAGAGGUCGCCAACAUAACACUACUGUUUCAGAAAGUUGAGUACGUACCUCGAGACAGAGACUCAGAAGCGCAGUUAAACAGAACUGCAAAGUUAUCAAUUCAAAUAUUAUUUGUCAUUAGUUGUAAGAUGUAGAAAGGUGCAAAGUGUCCAGUUAUGGAUACCUUUUUUACCAGUUAUACUUAUCUGUACUGUUAAAGAAACUGAUAUUAUUGUUUUAUCAUAUUAGUGUAAAAAUAUUUUGUUAUGUAUUAAUGGAAACUGAAUGUUUAUUGCCUGUUCAAUUGUUUAUAGCCACACUACAUCUCCCCAGACAGUAUGUGCACAUUCUGUGAUGAACUACUUGUAAUGAGAGAAAUGUUAUAAAAGUUACGAAGUUGAUAGUAGGAUGUUAAGUUCAUGUUGAAAAAUUCCCCACGAGAUUCCAUUCUGUAAGACUUGUGCUACAUUAUGCAUACACGAGACAUACUUCAUCGUGGUGCUAUUCUGUAUGCUCAUUACAUGUGAUAUCAAGAGGACACAUAUUUUUGUAAAGUUCCUAUUUUUGUACACUAAUCUGAAAAUUGAAAAAUUUGUUAAUGUACUUACAAUAAUAAAAUAUUUGUCUAAUC